CCACGCUGGAGGCGCGCGAUCUUCUUGUCGCCGCGCGGGUGGGUGGGAUCGUGGCGGAGCUCUGGGCGCCGGGGCAGGGGCGCGAGGGCGCCAUGGCGGCAGCUGUGGCGGCGGCGUCCGGUCCCCGCGCCGCGGCGAGGUGAGGGGCCGCCUCUUCUCGGCGGCUGAGGAGAACACAGCUGCCCGCCUGCCUUCCACGCGGGCCGCGGCUCCGGCAUGGCCGGGCUCAUUAAGAAGCAGAUCCUGAAGCACCUGUCCCGGUUCACUAAGAAUCUUUCCCCGGACAAAAUCAAUUUGAGCACCCUGAAAGGGGAGGGUCAGCUGACCAACCUGGAGCUGGAUGAAGAGGUUCUACAGAAUGUGUUGGAGCUUCCCACCUGGUUAGCCAUCACUCGGGUCUACUGCAACAGGGCCUCAAUCCGGAUCCAGUGGACAAAGUUGAAGACACACCCAAUUUGCUUGUGUCUGGAUAAGGUAGAGGUGGAGAUGAAGACAUGUGAAGAGCCUCGGCCCCCCAAUGGACAGUCUCCUAUUGCCCUCGCUUCAGGGCAGAGUGAGUAUGGCUUUGCCGAGAAGGUGGUGGAGGGGAUGUUCAUCAUCGUCAAUUCCAUCACCAUCAAGAUUCACUCCAAGGCCUUCCACGCUUCUUUUGAAUUGUGGCAGCUCCAGGGCUACAGUGUGAACCCCAACUGGCAGCAGAGUGACCUCCGCCUCACCCGUAUCACUGACCCCCGCCGAGGAGAGGUUUUAACAUUUAAGGAAAUAACUUGGCAAACACUUCGAAUUGAGGCAGAUGCUACAGACAAUGGUGAUCAGGACCCAGUCACCACUCCACUGAGGCUUAUUACCAACCAAGGCAGGAUCCAAAUAGCCCUCAAGAGAAGAACCAAAGAUUGCAAUGUGAUAGCCUCCAAGCUGAUGUUCCUGUUGGAUGACCUGCUCUGGGUGCUAACUGACUCACAGCUCAAGGCUAUGAUGAAAUAUGCAGAAUCACUGAGUGAGGCCAUGGAGAAGUCAGCCCAGCAGAGAAAGAGCCUGGCCCCUGAACCUGUACAGAUCACCCCACCUGCUCCCAGCGCCCAGCAGUCCUGGGCCCAGGCGUUCGGUGGCAGCCAGGGCAGCAGCAACAGCAGCAGCAGCCGCCUCAGCCAGUACUUUGAGAAAUUUGAUGUGAAAGAGUCCUCCUACCAUCUGCUCAUCUCCCGCCUGGACCUGCACAUUUGUGAUGAUAGCCAGUCCCGAGAGCCAGGUGUCUCCGCAAACAGACUCAUGGGUGGUGCAAUGCAGCUUACCUUUCGCAAGAUGGCAUUUGACUAUUACCCCUUCCACUGGGCAGGCGAUAGCUGCAAACAUUGGGUGCGUCACUGUGAGGCCAUGGAGACCCGAGGCCAGUGGGCCCAGAAGCUGGUGAUGGAAUUUCAGAGUAAAAUGGAGAAGUGGCAUGAGGAGACAGGUCUGAAACCACCCUGGCACCUGGGGGUAGACUCUCCCUUCCAGAGGAAGGCAGAUUCUCUCUCCAGUCCUCGAAAGAGCCCCCUUGAAAGAAGCCCCUCUCAGAGCCAACAGGCUGUCUUUCGGCCUCCAGCAUGGAAUCGCCUACGCUCUAGCUGCUUGGUAAUACGGGUGGAUGACUUGGACGUCCACCAGGUUUCUACAGCUGGACAGCCAAGUAAGAAGCCAUCGACACUCCUUUCCUGCAGUCGGAAACUUCACAACCUCCCCACUCAGGUCUCUGCCAUUCAUAUUGAGUUCACAGAGUAUUACUUCCCCGAUAAUCAGGAGCUGCCAGUUCCCUGUCCCAAUCUUUACAUUCAGUUAAAUGGUCUGACAUUUACUGUGGAUCCUGUCAGCUUGCUCUGGGGAAACCUCUUCUGCCUGGAUUUAUACCGCAGCUUGGAGCAGUUCAAAGCUAUCUAUAAGCUGGAAGAUUCAAGCCAGAAAGAUGAACACCUGGAUAUCCGACUGGAUGCCUUCUGGUUGAAGGUGAGCUUCCCGCUGGAGAAGAGAGAGCGGGCUGGGUUGCACCGUCCCCAGGCCCUUGUCUUCUCUGCAUCAGGCGUGACUGCCACCAAUACACGUCACGCCCCACAUUGUAGCUGUCCAGACCUCCAGAGUCUCUUCCGGGGUUUUGCUGCUGCUGAGUUCUUUCAUUCCAAUUAUGUUCAGUUUCCCAAGGUGCCAGGCGGCUUUAGCCUUCUGCACAUGCUGUUUUUGCAUCAUGCCUUCCAAGUGGAUUCCCGACUCCCUCAAUCUAGUGCCCUCCCUCCCCAGAGGCUUAAGGCUUCCCAGGAUCUCUGGUCCAUCCACUUCACCCAGAUCUCCUUGGACUUUGAGGGAACAGAGAAUUUCAAAGGCCAUUCCUUGAAUUUUGUGGCCCCCUUCCCCUUGUCGAUUUGGGCCUGCCUACCCCUCCGCUGGCAGCAAGCCCAGGCACGAAAGCUCCUUAUGGCCACAGAAGGGAGGCUGAAAGCAUCCGCCAGCUUUGGCAGUCCUGUCCAUUCUGAGGCCCGUGCCCCUGACAGUGUGUCCCAUCAGAGGUCAAAGACUGAGCAUGACUUGAAAAGCCUAUCAGGCCUUACAGAAGUCAUGGAAAUUCUGAAAGAAGGCAGCAGUAGUGUGGAUAACAAAGGGCCUCUGACAGAGCUGGAGGACGCGGCAGAUGUGCAUGUGCUCGUACACUCGCCUGAGCAUGUCCGAGUGAGGCUUGACCACUACCAGUACUUGGCUCUCCUCCGCCUGAAGGAGGUGCUCCAGGGUCUUCAGGAGCAGCUUACUAAGGAUACCGAGGCCAUGACUGGGUCUCCUCUACAGGACCAGACAGCUUGCAUUGGCGUCCUCUUCCCCAGUGCUGAGGUGGCUCUGCUCAUGCAUCCUGUCCCUGGGGCUGUCGAAGCUGACUCUGAGGGUUCAGAUACUACAAGCCUUGUAGAUUCAGAGCUGUCUCCUUCAGAGGAUAGGGAGCUGAAGUCUGAUGCCUCCUCAGAACAGGGCCCAGCAAGCCCCAGGAAGGUUCUGGAGGACAGUGAUGUUGAAAAUCUGGAUGCAUCCCAGGAUAGGCCACUGCCUCUCCAUAGCAAUGGAGAAGUGCAGGACUCAGAUUCUCUUGCACAGCAGGAGGCAGGGAAGGGCCAUGAGGCAGUUGAUUCCUUACAGGCCAAGAGACUGAGCAGCGCCCAGGCACCUAGCUCACCAGCUGAGUUGAAGCCCCCAGGGGGCAAGGAUACUGCUGUGAAUGGACAGGGCGAGCUCAUCCCCUUGAAGAACAUUGAGGGAGAAUUAUCAAGUGCUAUUCACAUGACCAAGGAUGCCACAAAGGAGGCUCUACAUGCCACCAUGGACCUCACCAAGGAAGCUAUGUCCCUGACUAAGGAUGCCUUCAGUCUGGGCAGAGACCGAAUGACCUCCACCAUGCACAAGAUGCUGUCUCUGCCCCCAGCCAAGGAGCCCAUGGCCAAGAUAGAUGAGGGGGUGGCAGCCCCAGUAGGUGGAGGUGCUGCCCGACUCCGAUUUUUCUCCAUGAAGAGGACAGUAUCUCAGCAGUCAUUUGAUGGUGUCUCAUUGGAUAACAGUGGCCCUGAAGACCGGAUUUCAGUGGACAGUGAUGGCAGUGAGAACUUUGUGAUGCUCUUGGAGUCUGAGUCUGGUCCAGAAUCUCUUCCACCAGGAUCUCUUCCCAAUGUCUUAGACAGUGCCGGUGUUCAAGGGAGCCCUGUUGCGGAUAGUUAUGGCCAGGGGUCACCGGAGGCCAACAGUUCAGCCUCACCCAGUGGGGAAGACCUCCCUCUUCACCUGGUCUCAGUUCUGGUCCUGAAGGUGAAUGAGGUGUCUUUGGGGAUUGAGGUACGUGGUGAGGACCUGACUGUGGCCCUGCAAGCAGAGGAGCUGACCCUCCAGCAGCUAGGCACCGUGGGACUCUGGCGGUUCCUGCAUGGACAGUGCCCAGGCACAAGCUUUCAGGAAGCCUCAACUUUGAAGACUGGCCACAUCAGGCCAGCGGUAGGCCUUCGCUUUGAGGUGGGGCCUGGUGCAGCUGUUCAUUCCCCUCUGGCCACACAGAAUGGCUUCCUACGUUUAUUGCUUCAGGGCUGUGACCUUGAGCUGCUCACUUCGGUGCUCAGUGGCCUGGGGCCCUUCUUGGAGGAUGAGGAGAUCCCACUGGUAGUUCCCAUGAAGAUUGAGCUCCUGAACUCCAGGAUCACUCUAAAGGACGAUAUCCCCCCCAUCUAUCCGACCUCUCCAGGCCCCAUCCCCAUCACUCUAGCCGUGGAGCACGUUGUGCUGAAGCGGAGCGACGAUGGUGUGUUCCACAUAGGCGCUGCUGCUCAGGACAGAUCAUCAGCCGAAGUACUUAAAAGUGAGAAGAGGCAGCCCCCAAAAGAACAGAUGUUUCCGGUGCCCACAGGGGAGGCUUUUGGUCCACAGGUACAAGAACUGCCUACCCUACAAAAGGAACUUAUAGAAACUAAACAAGCAUUGGCUCAUGCCAACCAGGAUAAAGAGAAACUUCUUCAGGAGAUUAGGAAAUAUAACCCCCUCUUUGAGCUCUGACAGCAGUGGCUCAGCCACCUGUGCCAAGGAGAGAGGAGGAGGUCACCAGCAAUCGCACCACCUGCGACAGGCGCCAUCCAGUGUUGGACAAGUCAGCUAAGGAUGCUCAACUCACUACUCGUGGUGUCCUUUCUACUAGCAGUUCUGACUUGGAUGGAAGACAGGGCAAAGUAUUACCACGUUCCAGGAAGUUGGGGGCAGCUUUGUGCGUGGCUCAGGCAUCACGUCUUUCCUGUAUAAAGCCUUUUGGCCCUCUGCACACUAGGUGGAAUCUCCUCAACACUGUAGGGUCAUUUCACCGUCUGGUUUCAUAGCAGAGACAUUUGCUUGCUCCACCUGUGUGAACAAGGCAGAGUACCCAUCUCCUCAGUUGGUCACCCACAGAGCCAUCAAAGAUUCUAUGUUCCAGAGCUUCCUGUAGUGGACCUGAGAAGUCCUUGGCCUGAGCUUCGGCCACGGUAGUAGAGUGGAACAGGAAAUAGCCAGCAAGGCGGGAGCCUGGGGAGGCACAGGAAUAAAUGAGACCUGGAGUCUGCCUUGUUUGGAAAGGAAACCAAGCUCAUGUCAUCUUGGCUUAUAUUACAAUCAGAUUUUUCAGGGUUAAGCUUUCUUUCUGUGAUGCUUUCAUUGCUGUGAUGCUGUGGUAGGAAGUAAACAACAGUAGCAGCUCAUUUGUAUCAUCCUUCCCUUCUAUAAUGCAAUUUGUUUGAAAUUUAAGAAAAAACUAUUCACCCUGAGCUAGGUUGAAGGCAUGACAUGGUGAGGAUCGGUAGGGCAGCUUGGUUCUGUGCCGCUGUUGCUGGCUGUGUCCUGUCUCUCUUCCACAGCUGCACCUCACAGGUUAUUUCCUGUCUCCCUGGGGUCCCUGGCACAUCUGCUUUCCCAGCAUUAUGACUUUCUACCAGCACUCUCGUUAGCACCUGGUGGUUUGGGAGCUGAAAAUGUGUUUUAAACUGAACAUUUAACAUCUCAGCCUGUUUCCUCUCACCCCCCUCUAUCACUGUGGCUUUUUAAAAUCAUGUUAGUUUGACUUAAGUAAAAGACAAAGCAAAACGAAACCCUUCAACCUAGCUAGGUUUUGCCCCUGCCUGAUGAAAGAGCUAUUUCCCCCUCUUUCUUUACUACCGAAUUCUUUACCAACACUCUAUCUUCAUCCAUACUGCUCUGUGAUAUACUUCAAGCUGUGUUGGACAGAAGUUCAUCAGCUAACUCACCUUGAAUGGGCAAGAUGGCAAAAUAGUGAUUUAGUAAUGUCACUAAAGUCUUAAUCACACAUGACCUACUGAAGGAAAGAUAAAAUGGUUUCCUUUAUGGGAAAUCAUGCCUGACUUGUAUAUUCUAGUUUUUUGAGGAUAAAAAGAAAUACGUGUUCAAGAAGGAACAAUAUCUAAUUUGCUCAGACUUUUACAGACUUUUUGUUGUGGUUCGUCACUAAGGCAAUCUUAAGAACAACAAUUACUAUGAGAUUAUGGGAAUGUUAUCUCAUGCUUAGGAAACAACGUAGAGACUUAAAAAUGAACACCUUUCUAGAGAGAAUGUUAACAGGGUAAUUUCCCUAUGGGUUGAUGCUUGGUUUAACCUUAUUUAAGAAUUUUAUAAAUAACCUGAAAGUAGGAUAUUACAGUGCAAUCAAAUGUCACUGCUUCCAGGCAGUGAAAGAUAAAUCAGAAGAAACUGAAAAAAAAAAAAGUGAAAUUGCAGAAGAUUCACAAACUGGGCUGUGAAUACUCAGGAAAGUGACAGGUGAGGUUCUGUGUAGGUAAGUGUGAAGUAAUACACUUAUGGGAGAAUCAGCAACCAGCGAGGCAGUGAGCUCUGUUAGAACUCAGGAAAGAAACCUAAGCAUUGCGGAGAGGGAGGAGGGGUCAGUGUGCUGCUGUGGCCAAAAGCCCGACUGCAUCAUCAGGAAGGGCACAACACAAAACACAGAGCCAACACAGAAAACAGCAC